AUGCCGCUCGUGCGCAUCGAAGUUUGCGACUUCAAAUCAUAUCGUGGCCACCAGUUAAUUGGCCCGUUCAAGAAUUUUACCUCGGUUAUAGGUCCUAAUGGCGCUGGGAAAUCGAAUUUGAUGGACGCCAUCUCCUUUGUGUUAGGCGUGAAGAGUGCUCAGUUACGAAGCAGUCAAUUGAAGGAUUUGGUCUAUCGAGGGAGACGACUUGAAAGAACCGGAGAAGAUGGUCAAGAGGCGGGGAGUGACGAUGAAGGAGAGGAUGAAGGCGAGGGGACUGCCAAAAAGGCCUGGGUUAUGGCUGUUUACCAAGAUGCGGAGGGCAAGGAAUACCAGUUUCAGCGAACUGUAUCGACUUCGGGGAGUUCGGAAUACAAACUUAAUGGCAAAGUUGUGACCUACCAGGCAUACAACUCUACUCUUGAGCAACACAACAUCCUUGUCAAAGCAAAGAACUUUCUUGUUUUUCAGGGAGAUGUUGAGGCUGUAGCAUCACAGUCCUCCAAGGAACUCUCCAGGUUGAUUGACCAAAUUAGUGGAUCCCUAGAACUCGCACCAGCAUAUGAAAAAGCAAAGGCUGCACAAGAUCGUGCUACUGAAAAUGCUGCGAACAACUUCACCAAGCGGCGUGGCAUUGCCGGAGAGAUCAAGCAGUUCAAGGAGCAAAAGGGAGAAGUCGAACGAUAUGAGGCUUUGAUACAGGAGCGGGAAGAAGCUGUUGUCCACCGCCUUUUGUGGCAGUUAUUCCAUCUGGGCAAAGACAUCGAAUCCAAUGCGCAGACCAUUCGCACAAAGAGCAAGGAAUUAAAGGGGCUCAAGAAGCAACAGGCUGCCGAUGAUGCUAAAGUUAAUAGUGCUAGGGAGGAUCAGGCCAAGGCCCGUGCUGACGCCCUCAAAGUAGAAAAAGCAUUGAAGAAGAUGGAAAAAGCACUUGAUGCCAAGGCAAGCCCAUUCCUCAUGUCCCAUAUUGUACGCAAGACAGAUAAAGCAAGAUCAAUUGGCGAAACUGUGCAGCGGGAUGCACAGAAGAAAGAAGCGGAUCUUGAGCGAAUGAAGAAAGAAUUAGCAGAUGUCCAGCAGACCUUCCAGAGAGCCCAAGAGGCUCAUAGACGGGCUUUGGAGCAGGGAUCGGCCCUGAGUGAGGAGUCAUUGGCGGAAUACCACCGAUUAAAAGCGCAAGCGGCUCGCGAAGCAGUUGAGGAACGUCAGAAACGGGAGACACUUAUUCGCGAAAACAAAGUAUUAGCUCGCAACCUUGCUUCACAAAACAGCAAACUCGAGCAGCUUACGACUCAGAGGGAUAAGCUCAAGAGCGAUGUCACUUCGGUUGGAGAGAAGCGAACAGAGGUCGACGACAAAGUCAAAAAUCUGCAGAGUGAGCUCAAGAAUGCUAAGCACGAGCUAGAAAAAGCCCAGUCCGACAGAAUUCGCAUAACCCAACUAGAAACUGAGAUAAACGAAAAACUUCAUGAUGUGCAUACAAAGCUCAUGCAGGCCGGGGUGGACCAACAAGAGUCAGCCAAGGAUGCGCGGUUGAAAGAAACGCUUGAGAAACUCCAACGAGUAUUUCCAGGGGUUAGAGGGCGGGUUAUUGACCUUUGCAAACCCAGCCAGCGUAAAUAUGAAACUGCAGUCAUAACUGUACUUGGACGCAACAUCGAUGCGAUAGUCGUUGACCAUGAAAAGACUGCUAUCGAUUGUAUCGAGUAUAUGCGACAACAACGCGUGGGCCAGGCCACAUUUAUCCCUCUGGAGAGCAUCCAAACCAAACCUGUCAACGAUAAAUAUCGGAGCUUUGCUCGUGGUGCGCGCCUUGCAAUCGAUGUGAUACAAUACGAGCCUGUGGUUGAGCGAGCAAUGUUCCAUGCAUGUGGCAACGCGCUGGUUUGCGACACCAUGGAAGUAGCACGGUACGUUUGUUAUGAGAAAGGGCAAGAAGUUAAGGCUGUAACGCUCGAUGGUACGGUCAUACACAAGACGGGUUUGAUCACUGGUGGUCGUGGCCAUGGAACUACCCGCAAGUGGGAAGAGAAGGAAAUUCAAGCAUUGAACAAGCAAAAGGAUAGCCUCCAUGCACAACUCCGCGAACUUGGUCAAUCAAAACCUCGUGGCAAGGUUGAUGAAGGUCUGGCAGCUGAAAUCAACAGAAUUGAGUCACAACUACAGCUUGCUAAAGACGAUCAAAGCGCACUUAAGUCCCGGCUAACCGGACUCAAAGACGAACUGAAACACGUAGAAUCUGAGCUUCGCAAGCUUAAUCCCGAAGUCGAACAAGCUACGGUUGCACACAAUUCAGCAAAUGAGCAGAUAGAAGAGCUGUCUGAUGCUAUCAACCAAGCUGAGGAUGAAGUGUUUGCAGCAUUCUGUCAGGAAGUCGGGGUAUCCAAUAUUCGAGAAUAUGAAGAACAACAGCUAAAGGCUCAGACAGAAGAGCUUGAAACCAAGAUGCGUUUUGAAUCCCAAAUUGCUCGCCUCAGCCACCAAAUCGCAUUCGAAGAGGAUCAAUUAAAAAGUAUCAACGCACGCUUGCAGACCCUGGAGCAAACCGUUGCGAAUGAAACUGCAAGCCUUGAGAAGCUUACCAGCGAUAAGGACCGUCUCGCCGAGCAAAUUGACGAGCUUCAGCAGGAGUUGGACGAACACCGGGAAGAAGCAACUCGCCUGAACGAACUACUUGCCGAGGCAACCAAGGUUCUCGAUGGUCACAAACGUACUGCCAUGCAAUCCGCCAAAGAGGUCGAUAAAUCUCUCAAGGAGAUCGCGGCUUGUAAUGAUAGUAUUGAAAAAGCUGCUGCAGAGCGGCUCACAAUCUACCGUCGUUGUGUUCUCGAGGAGAUUAAUCUACCACUGGAAUCAGGAUCACUGAAGAGUAUCCCACUAGAACCGGGUCAGCCAACGGAUGGCAUGGACUUGGACGAUGAAGAUGAAACACAAAGAGCCCGUGAGGUUCAGGAUUAUGGCAUUGAAGUUGAUUUCGACGGACUCACUGACGAUGAGCGAGCAAAUGGAUCGGCUGAGAUUGGAGCAGAAUUGGAUGCCGAAAUCACCCGCUUAGCUGGAGAAAUCGAACGAAUGGCCCCAAAUAUGAAGGCGAUGGAGCGUCUGGACGACGUCGAAGCCAAACUCGCUGAAACCGAGAAGGAGGCCGAGAAGGCCAGAAAGGAGUCCAAACAGGCCCGAGACGAAUUCAAUGAAAUCAAGAAGCGACGAUGCGACCUCUUCAACAAAGCAUAUAACCAUAUUGCCGAGAGGAUUGACCAGGUCUAUAAGGAUCUUACCAAAGGAAAGGCUGCUCCCAUGGGUGGUGUAGCUUACCUGAGUUUGGAAGACAGCGAAGAGCCAUACAAUAGUGGUAUCAAAUAUCACGCAAUGCCUCCGAUGAAGCGUUUCCGCGACAUGGAACAACUAUCUGGUGGAGAAAAGACAGUAGCAGCUUUAGCCUUGUUGUUUGCGAUCCACAGCUUCCAACCUUCGCCCUUUUUUGUGCUCGAUGAAGUGGACGCGGCGCUGGACAAUACAAACGUUGCCAAAGUUGCCAAUUACAUUUGCCAACACUCAUCGGAGGCCUUCCAGUUUAUCGUCAUCAGUUUGAAAGGUUCGCUGUAUGAGAAGGGUAAUUCGUUGGUCGGAAUCUAUCGCGAUCAAGAUGUGAAUAGUUCUCGUACACUGACCCUUGAUCUGACCCAAUACACGGACUGA